UCUUCUCAUUUUUACAAACCUCAUUGGGGGGAAGGGGUUAACGUAAAUUCUUCUCACUGGGAACUGGGAAGUGAUCAAUAGUCAGCCAUGGCCACCUCCGUUUCCGCCUAUCAAAAGCUUCUCACCGCCGGCACCAAAAUAAUCGCCGUCGGUCGUAAUUACGCCGCCCACGCCAAGGAACUCGGCAACGCCGUUCCCAAGGAGCCGGUGUUAUUUAUGAAGCCAACGUCGUCGUAUUUGGAGAACGGAGGUACGAUCGAGGUGCCUCACCCCUUGGAAUCCUUGGAUCAUGAGGUAGAACUCGCCGUCGUCAUCGGCCAAACGGCGCGUGACGUUCCCGUCGCCUCUGCUAUGGAUUAUGUUGGAGGAUAUGCUCUUGCAUUGGACAUGACUGCCAGGGAAAUCCAAGCUGUUGCUAAGUCUGCGGGUCUUCCAUGGACUGUUUCUAAAGGUCAAGACACUUUCACUCCUAUCAGCUCUGUUUUGCCGUGCUCUAUGAUUCCUGACCCUCACGAUGUAGAAUUGUGGUUAAAGGUGGAUGGAGAGAUUCGGCAAAAGGGUUCCACAAAAGAUAUGAUUUUUAAGAUCCCAUAUUUGAUAAGUCACAUAAGUUCUCUAUUCACCCUUCUAGAAGGAGAUGUUAUUCUAACCGGCACUCCUCAAGGUGUAGGUCCUGUGAAGGUUGGCCAAAAGAUAGAGGCUGGUAUUACAGGCAUAUUGGAUAUACACUUUGAAGUUGAAAGACGGAACAGUCACAAAAGCUGAGUUUAAAUUGCCUCAAUGUUUGUAAUAAAUCACCUGCGAAAUCAUCUUUAUUUCCGAUUAAGGAUUUAAUGUCAUCAGAGACCUUGUAACAAUUUUUUUUUUUUUUUUUUUUGUGUGUGUAAAGGAUAAGUCAGACAGACUUGUUGGAUGAAUAAUUUUAGAAAAAGCCACUACCGAACCAUUUGCUCACGCAUUCGUUGAGUUGUAGAUAGCCAAUUCUUUUUCCUGCUUAGAAGUUUAUUAGAGUACAAUACAGAAGUACUGUAACUGGAUCCUUUCUUAGAACACUACAGAGCUAGUGGAUGGACUCAAUACUUGUGGGACGAACCACCUCAAGAUAUCGAUGAUAGCAUUCUUC